AGAACCGGCUCUGAGCUCUCUCUCCGCUCUGAGCUGUGUGUGUGUGUGUGUGUGUGUGUUCACCAGAACAUGGCAGCAGUGACUUCCCGAAACGGCGCUCUUAUCACGCACAACAAUGCGACCUACAUCCCAUCGCCUCUGAUACCGGGGUUCACAGGACAUGUGCCUACCACCAAGUUUCUGUAUGGGGACACGUUUGGGAAGGCAAGCGUCAAGUAUUUACAGGACGUCCGCUGUGCAUCCAUGGCCUGCUAUGCAAGUGAAUAUGGUAAAGGUGGCCUGCUCCCUUGUAUCUACUCGAAUGAUGGGGCCCUGAUCAGGAUACAUCGCACACAGAGCAGAUACCCAGCCUUCUACCAGACUUACGGGGCACGUUACAAUGUAGAUUUCAAACGGCAAGGAGAGAUAAAGCUUUUUAACGAGCUGGCACAGAAACACAGGGAGAACUACAAAGAUAAGACUGGCACACGGCACCCUGUGAGUUUCUUCAUCAUGCCAGUGACAGAGAACCAGAAGUAUUUGCAAAAGCUCGUGUAAGGUGCACUGCAUUAAAUAUUCAUUAAAACACUACAUUAAAUAUUAAUUAACAAUUCUGAGAAGCUUUGCAUUUGCUGGCAGAAUGUGUGUUACUGUGUAUUCAGUGACAUAAUGCAAAAAAGAAAAAAAAGCAAUGGAGGGGGCCCUGUGGGAUGGGAGGGGGGUUUAUUGGGGUGAAACUACACUAUACAGCCAAAUGUGUGUGGACACCUGACCAACACACCUAUAUGAGCUUGUUGAACAUCCUAUUCCAAAACCUCUUUAUGGCUGUAAUAGCCUCCACUCUUCUGGCUUUCUACAAGAUUUUGGAGUGUGUCUGGGUCAAUUCUGGCCUAUUCAGUGAAAAUAGUAUUUGUGAGGUCAGGCACUGAUGUUGUACAAGGAGGCCUUGCUCACAAUCAAUAUUCAGUGGGGUGUUCAGUGUGUUCAGUGGGUCUGAAGUCAGUGCUCUGUGCAGGCCACUCGAGUUCCUCCACACCAAACUCAUCAAACCAUGUGUAUAAGGAGCUCACUUUGUGCACAGGAGCAUUGUCAUGCUGGAACAGGAAAGGGCCUUCCCCAAACUGCUAUCACAAAGUUGGAAGCAUACAAUUGUCUAAAAUGUCUUUGUAUGCUGUAGCAUUAACAUUACCUUUCACUGGAACUAAGGGGCCCAAACCCUGAAAAACAUCCCCAGACCUUUAUCUAUCUUCCACCAAACUUUACUGUUGACAUUAUGCAUUCUGGUAGGUAGUGUUCUCCUGGUGUCUCAACAAUCAGACAGUGAUUGCCAGAUAGUGAAGUGUGAUUCGUCACACCAGAGAACACAUUUCCACUGCUCCAGAGUCCAGUGAUGGCGUGCUUUACACCACUCCAGCCGAUGCUUGACAUUGCGCAUAGUGAUCUUAGGCUUGUGUGCAGCUGUCUGGCCAUGGAAACCCCAAUUUCAUAUAGCUCACAACACACAGUGCUUGUGCUGAUGUUGCUUCUGUAUCACUCUGUAGUGAGUGAUGCAACAGAGGAUUUUUUACACACUACAUACUACAGCACUCGGCGGCCCCUGCUCUAUUAGUUUGCAUAGUCUACUGCUUCGUGGCUUUGUGGCUGCGUGUUGUUACUACUAGAUGCUUCUAUUUCACAAAAAUGGCACUUAAGGUUGACCAGAGCAGAUAUAGCAAGGCAGAAAUAUCAUGAACGGACUUGUGAUAGAGGUUCCAUCCUAUGACAGUGCAACAUCAGUGAGCUCUUCAGUAUGAUCCAUUCUACUGACAGUGUUUGUCUGUAGAGACUGCAUGGUUAUGUGCUUGAUUUUAUGCACCAGUUAGUAAUGGGUGUGGCUGAAACACUUGAACUAAAUCAUUAGGAGGGGUGUUCACAUAAUUUUGGCCAUAUAGUUUAGCCUGUAUCACCCACAAAUGUCACUGACAUGCAUGUUGUCUGUGUUUUUUGUACAUUUAUAAAUGUUCGCUAAUGUGUGCUGUCCAGCUGCAUGAUAAUUAAAUUUCAGGGUUUUUUUGUGCUCCUUUUAUAAUUGAUGUAUUUCACAUUUUCUUAACCCACACUUAGUGUUUUCCUUUUUAGUCUGUGUUGAAUGUUUUACAGUUUUACUGUAUUACUAUUAUAUAUGA